AUGGGGCCAUUCGAGAUACUAGAAAUGAUUGGUCCUGUAGCCUAUCGCCUUGCACUUCCACCUGAACUGUCCAAUGUCCAUAAUGUGUUUCAUGUUUCAAUGCUUCGGCGGUUCCUUCGAGAUCCAGAGCACGUUGUUGAUUAUGAGGAUCUAGAAGUUCAGGAGGAUCUCUCUUAUGAAAAGCAACCAGUGCAGAUUCUCGAUCGUCGUGAUCAAGUUCUCCGAAACAAGACCAUAUCAUUGGUAAAGGUCUUAUGGCGAAAUCAUCGUAUCGAAAAAGCUACGUGGGAAACAGAAAGUCAAAUGCGAGCCAAAUAUCCACACCUCUUCAAAAUUAAGCAAACACUGCAAAAAAAUUGCAGAGAAAAGAUGGAGAAGAUUGAUUCCACUCUAUAUGUCCUUGAAGCAAACACUGCAAAAAAAUUGCAGAGCAAAGAUGGAGAAGAUUGA